AUGACGGUGAAGGCCGCGGCGGUAGCCGUAAGCGGGGCCAUCCAGGCCGUGCGCGCCGUGGUGCAGCGAAGCAGGGCGGAAACAAAGGAUCUGUGCGCGGUUCUCAACAGGUGCUGCGCGAACAAGGCCCACCGCUACGUGCUCAGCUCGGUGGACUCCGUCUUCCACGGCCUGACGAUACCGUCAAACGCGGAUGCGGAGUGGUCCGGGGACAGGAAAUCCGCCGUGUUGACCCUUUGCAAGCUGCCGAGAGCUGUCUACUUGCCGCGGUCGUCCGAUGUCACCCGGCCGGGCCCGGAUCUCGGCGCCGUCCUGGACGGUGAACUGCAGAGCUGGGACUCUGUAGAGCGGACGCUGCAGGACUACAGCGCGUUCGCGAGCGAGCUCGCUGAGACGGCGGAGUUCGUGUCGGCGCAUUCACUCGACGGCGCCUUCGGGCCCCUCCGGCCGUCCGCCGUCGAGGUGCUCAACAAGUACAAGCAGCUGCUGCUGCAGGACACCCGGCUCGGCGAUCUCCGCAAGCUCACGUACGCCGCGCAGCUGCUGCACGUGCUCAAGAUGCACUCGAUAGACAGCGACAACCUGACGGAGCUGAUCAGCGCCAUCGUGGCGAAGACGCCGCAGAUCCUGAGGCAGUGCAGCCUGCCCACGCUGGACUCCAUCGCCAAGAUCAAGCUGCCGAGCAAGGAGAAGGAGUACUUGGACUACUUCCUGCGCAUGGUCACCACGAAGCCGAUGAAGCUCAAGCAGUGGUCCGAGCUGUUCUGGCUGGUGGCGCGCAACAGCGACAACCGGAACACGAUCGAUUCCUUCCUGCACUGCUACAAGAUCGUGGCGCGGCACAUGAACCGCGUGGAGUCCGCGGAAGGCGCCAAGGAGAAGGCGAAGUCGGUGCUGUGCUCGUCGCUGAUGAACGUCGUCUACGGCGUGACUACGCUGCAGAAGCGGCUGCGCCCCAGCGACCCGGUCUACAAGAACGCGCUGGGCGUCCUGGAGGCGGUGUGGCCGCUCAUAGAGGCCAGGCUUCAGCGCUUCGAGCACGCCGAGCUCAUCGACAUCGCGCACUGCUACCUCGAGCACCACAAGGCGAUCAACCCGCAGAUGAGGCACGGCAGCCGGAACUGCGUGGACCUGCUGGUGCGCGAGUUCGUCAAGCGCUCGGGCGACUUCAUGCUGCGUGAUUGGGUGGCGCUGUUCGAGGUGCUGGACACGUCGCGGGACGCCAUGGUGGUCAACGUGCUCAUGCAGAAGCCGGCGAACUACUACGUCAGGGUCGCGGCGGUGCAGCAGGCGUGGGUGGAGGACCUCGCCAGGGCGCUGGAGCAGCUGCCGCUGGAGGAGCUGGCUGACAACGUCUACUCGCUGUCGCUGCCGCAGUGCUCCAACCUCUGCAAGCACCUGGUCGCUGCGGGGUGCUACAACGCCCCCGUCAGCGCCGUGCUCGAGCGCCGCUGCCUGGCGCUGAUCACCGACCUCAAGUAUCAGACGACCAGGCACGUCAUGGACUUCUACUUCGUGCAGCUGCAGAUGGUGCUGCCGCAGCACAACGCGCUGCGGUCCGCGCUUGAGAGCAACAAGCCGCUCCGCACGUCGCUGGAGCAGAUGUCGUGCAACACCAUGCUGCGGCUGCUCGGCAUUGCGCGCCACUGCGGCCCCGCUGAGCGCCGCGUGCUGCUGCAGAAGCUGGCGGAGAGGAUCGAGUCCAACGUGCUGAAGCUGGCGCACCACCAGUGCCUCACGGUGCUGAGGUACGCGGCGCGCUUCAAGGACGGCAACCUCACCAACGCCGUGCUCGCCGCGGCCAUCCCGCCGCUGCUCGAGACGCCAGAGCGCCACAAGGGGUUCUACAAGAUGCUGGAGAUAUCGAAAUUCGCGCUCAGCCUGCCCAGGGACGAGUGCUCGGAGACCUCGCCGGCCGUGAUCCUCAGCGAGCUCGUCGUUCAACAUGCGCCUGCGCACGUCAGGCACCUCACGAUACCGCACCUGGACCUGCUGCUCCAGAACGUGAACCGGUCGGGCAUGUUGCCGAAGCCGCUGUUCGAGGUCGUGCUGUCGCACGCCAUGGAGGUUGAGAUCAUGGGUGCGCCGGCUGCGCAGCUGUCGAGCAUGAUGCGGACCCUCUCGGAGCUGGGCGUGAGGCACGAGAACCUGCUGGAACGCCUGGAGGAGGCGGUCAUCAUGUCCGUGGCGGAUGACGAGCCCGCUGUCGUGUCAGAGGUGCUCGUCUCCGCCGCCACCAGCCUGGCGCACCUCGGCAUGCGGACGGCGAAGCUGAACGAGCUGUUCGAGCACGUCCUCGCCAGGAAGCCCGUGACCCUGUCCAGGUGGGACUACGACGCGCUAAGCCGCCCCGCGCAGGUCAACCUGCUGCACGCCAUGGCGCUUUUCGGCACGGUGAACGAGGACCUCGAGCGGGUCUUCACCCAGCUCGUGCGCGACUGCGAGCGCGAGGUUAAGGACGGCGGCGACGCGGUGUCGUUCGCCGCGCUGGACGCCGAAGCUCAUCGCAAGCUGUACGAUACGUACAUCUCCCUGCUGGUGGGGGGCUUCGCGACGGGCACGGAAGAGGGCGCGCUGGCGAAGUCGGAGUUCCUGCUGGAACACCUGCCCUGCUACCACUGGUUCAGCCACCGGGAGCAGCUGUGCACGGACUUCAAGGCGUCGCCGCACUACUUGCAGUUUAAGGGCACCUUGGAGCAGCUGGGGCUGGAGGGCGCCGAGCCGCGUGUCACUGAGGCCUACUUCGCGCACGCGGUCCUCGACUCGCCCGAGUGCAAGCGGCGGCUGCCACAGGGUGGCCACAUCCUCUACUGCGUCCCGCCCAGCCACGAGCUGCGGUGGUGGACGCCCAAGGGCGACACCGCGGCGGACGCCACGGUCAACAGGAUCGAGUCCUACCAGCGCGCCAUCGGGCAGUCCGCCAGGGUGAUCGACCACCUGCAGCGGUCGGGCUGGAACGUGGCCACGGUGUUUCUGCGCGAGUGGGAUGCGCUGGAACCGGAGCAGCGCGGGCGCCACCUGCUGAAAGCGCUCAAACUCAAAGACAUCACUGAGGCGGACACGUCACACAGUUCUUAA